AUCACUCGCUUCCACACACUCCAAAGUCCGCAGAGAGCUCAGAGUGGUAGCGCGGCAUUAAAAUGGCAGCAGCGACGAUCGGAGCUUUGUCGUCUCCGUAUACCGGCGGCGUUGGGGAGAGAAUCGACGGUGAUGUUAGCAAGGCGUCGUUCCGGAGGUUGUCGUUCGCGUCGUCUCAUCUCUCUGGCGAUAAGCUGAUGCCAUUGCCUCCUCGACGGCUUCGUUCCGGCGGUAAAUCCUCCGAGGUUCGGACUGCUCCGUUCAUCGUUUCUCCAAAGGCUGUUUCCGAUUCGCAGAAUUCGCAGACUUGUCUAGAUCCUGAUGCUAGCCGAAGUGUCUUGGGAAUUAUCCUCGGAGGUGGUGCUGGGACCAGACUCUAUCCUCUCACAAAGAAGCGGGCAAAGCCAGCUGUUCCACUUGGAGCAAAUUAUCGUCUAAUUGAUAUCCCUGUGAGCAAUUGCUUGAACAGUAACAUAUCCAAGAUCUAUGUUCUUACACAAUUUAACUCUGCAUCACUUAAUCGUCACCUCUCACGGGCAUAUGCAAGUAACAUGGGUGGUUACAAAAAUGAAGGCUUUGUGGAAGUUCUUGCUGCUCAGCAAAGUCCUGAGAACCCCAAUUGGUUCCAGGGUACUGCUGAUGCAGUCAGACAAUAUCUAUGGCUUUUUGAGGAGCACAAUGUUCUUGAAUUCCUGGUUCUCGCUGGAGAUCACCUAUACCGAAUGGAUUAUGAGAGGUUCAUUCAAGCCCACAGAGAAACAGAUGCGGAUAUUACAGUUGCUGCACUGCCAAUGGAUGAGAAACGUGCCACUGCCUUUGGUCUCAUGAAGAUUGAUGAAGAAGGAAGGAUUAUUGAAUUUGCAGAGAAACCAAAAGGAGAACAGUUGAAAGCUAUGAAGGUUGAUACCACUAUUUUAGGUCUUGAUGAUCAGAGAGCUAAAGAGAUGCCUUAUAUUGCAAGUAUGGGAAUAUAUGUUGUAAGUAAAGAUGUGAUGGUUAACUUACUUCGACAAAAGUUCCCUGGAGCAAAUGAUUUUGGAAGUGAAGUUAUUCCUGGUGCAACAUCCAUUGGAUUGAGAGUUCAAGCUUAUUUGUUUGAUGGCUACUGGGAGGAUAUUGGUACAAUUGAAGCCUUCUAUAAUGCCAAUUUGGGAAUCACAAAAAAGCCUGUGCCAGAUUUCAGCUUCUAUGACCGAUCAGCUCCCAUUUACACUCAACCUCGAUAUUUACCUCCUUCUAAAAUGCUUGAUGCUGAUGUCACAGACAGCGUUAUUGGUGAAGGUUGUGUAAUCAAGAACUGUAAAAUUCACCAUUCUGUGGUUGGACUUAGAUCAUGCAUAUCGGAGGGAGCAAUUAUAGAAGAUACAUUAUUGAUGGGAGCUGAUUACUAUGAGACGGAUGCUGACAGGAGGCUUCUGGCUGCAAAGGGAAGUGUUCCAAUUGGAAUUGGCAGGAAUUCACACAUCAAAAGAGCAAUCAUUGACAAGAAUGCACGUAUUGGGAAUGAUGUGAAGAUCAUUAACAAUGACAAUGUUCAAGAAGCAGCUAGGGAAACUGAAGGAUAUUUCAUUAAAAGUGGAAUCGUCACAAUCAUCAAGGAUGCAUUGAUUCCCAGUGGAACCAUAAUCUAGAAAUAUUUGAAAAUCAUAUGUACAUGAUUACUGUAGUGUAGCCGUUUGAGAGACUAAUGAUGCAUUCUGUUAAACCUUCGUUUUAGUUUUAAAAUUUUAAAUAAUAAAGCAUCAUCGGCAUCUCUAUGCUGUUUUUUUCCCA